CCCCGAACACCCCCCUCGUGACCGGGCUCAGUGGUAGAGUCCGGAUCAAGAUGGCGGCCAGCGAGGAUGAUGCAGAAUUGGCAGAGUUGAGAUCAGCAGUCUUGGCCUCGUUCAAAUCUAAAUCUGCAGAUACAAAGAUUGAACAAGCGAGUCUGUCUCAGGAUGAGAAUAGCAGCCAAGCAGAGGAUGACGAAGACCUGGAGGUUUUGCGUUUGGCUGCUUUACAGACGAAGAAACUGUCAGCCUUCACAGGCACUGAAACAGAAGAUGAUGCUACCUAUUUGCCUGCAAGUCCCGAUGAAAGACUAGAAGUGUAUCCUAAGCGGAGUAACUUGAUAGUCAUUCCUCUCGUCUACACUGAGACGGAUCUCCAGACAAAUCCACCCCUUGGCGGAGAGUGCAACAUGAGCGUGAAUGAGCGCCUGCCUCAUCACAUCGUUACAGAGGGUGCUGAAGUGAUGGGAUCCCCACAGCAGUCAAAACGGGAUGACAAAUUCAGUCGCUUUGAAUCUGACAGUGACUCGGACAAUGAACAAAGCCAGUCGGAGUCAAGUUCGGAUGAGAUGGAAGACUCGGGAAACCAAUCGGAAAAGGGUUCUUACAGGUCAGAUACUUCUGAUUCUGAAGAGGAUGCAUGUCAAGGAUUUUCAAGGGAAAAUAAAGAUUAUUCUGCAACUACUGAUGCUGAUAUGAGCACAGGAAUAUCCAGUGCUGAAACUAUAUUAGAAAAUAAGUCGCCAGUAGGUGAUGCUUCACAAAGUAUGAAUACAGUGCAAGAAGAAAUGAUUGCUGAAGCUCUUGAAAGAUCUGAUAAAAGCCCAGCACAUUAUGUAGAAGAUUCUCAUAUUUCUAAAACAUCACCAAAAGAAAACUCUCCCUGCAAGAAUUCAAAAGAUGACAGAGUGGACAAAAAGUGUCCGCAUUCAGACGUGCAUCGGCCAUUGUCAUCUUUGUCACCUGGCAAGGAGAAUCUUUGUGGCCACACAAAGGAUGACAGUUCAUCACAGCGUAAAAGUAAACAUACAUCGGCCAGUGACGAGGAUGGUAACAGCUACAGUGAGUCAUUGAGAUUUAAUGAGUGUUCGGACAGAGAAUUGGGUUCAUCUAGUAAGCAAACCAGGCAUCCUCAUUCAUCACAUAACAUUUUAGAUAGGAGGAAACAUGAAGUAAGCAACAAUUUACAAAGAAGGUCUCAUUCUCAAUCACCUUUAAGGUUUUGUGGCAGGGAAAAAACAGAGGGCAAAACAUAUUCUCGAGAACGAUCGAGGUCUCGCUCCCCAUUGCAUGCCUUUCAUUUAACAUCCAGCAGAAAUACCUUUUCAGAGGAUGACAAAGGUCAACAAGGAUAUGAUUUGCUUUUGUCCAAGAAAAAUGCUCAUGCAAUUGUCAUUGAAAAAGAAAAGGAAGAUAGUCAAAAAAAUAGGUAUGCGGAGCUCAUCCCACUUCCCGAUGAAGCCACACUGGCAGCAAGAAGGAGAAAGUUUGAAUGUCAGGAGGUGAAUGUCAGCUCUGCUGAAGUGAAACGUAUUUCCCUAAAACACAUAAAAUUAAAAAGAGAAGUGGACAACGAGGCUGAUGCAUCAGUAUAUCCAGUUUUUAAAGAAAACCAGGAUGGAGAGAAAAGGUCAAUUGAAAAAAAACAAGAUAAUUGUUCAGAGGAUCACAGUGGACGUUCAGUAAUGGAAAAUCUGUCAAGCGCAAAGGAUAAUGGCAUUUAUAAUGACAGAUAUCCUGAUAGUGAUGAUUCAGUGCAGCGAACAAAAAGAGAGAAGUCAUUUGAAAAGAGAACAAAUAAUUCCAGGGGAACUGAUGGGCUUGUGGACAAAAGAAAUGAGUUUGAGACCUAUUCCCAAAGAAAGGAGUUGGAUCCGAGAAAACAUGACCUGCGAGAUGAGAGGGACAUUAAUGCCAAAAUGAGUCGGGUGGAUGGAAAGAAAUCUCUUCAGGAAAAACUAAUGUCUCUGGCUUAUGGUGGCGUGGACAAUGAUGCAAAUCAGAUGGAACAUUUUAAGAACAGAGAUGAGGUCAAUGAAAACAAAAAAAAGUCACUGAAACACAGGCUUGGACCUUUGAAGGAAGACUGCAAAAAAUCUGUCUCUGGACCAUCAAGAGAACACGAGAGAACAUUUAAUGCAAAUGAUGAUGUGCCUUAUGACCCCAUCGCCAUUUUAAAAAGUGUCAUAAAUGAUAAGAAAGGCACGAUCAAGCAGACGUCAGUGCAGUUGGAGAGAUACAGGCACAGGAUGGAAAAAAGAGACUCAGUGCCACGAGAAGAUAAGGUGAACACAAGGAGCCAGAGUCCAGAUAAGGAUGACUCUCAUGCCAAAAGCAAGAGGAGAGAAGGCAAGACUUCUAGCAACAUGGAGCGAAAAGUCCUCAUCAUGGAAGGGGAGGAGGAGUCACUCCAAAAACGUCUGCCAGUGCACCUGCGAAUUGGUGAAGUCAAGCAGCACAUAACUGUAAAAAAAACAUUUGAUUGUUUAGUGCAGCAAAGCAACUCCAAAGGGUCGUAUCAAACGGAAGGAGGAAAACAAAAGCAGCAAGAGGAGCCAGCAUCAAGCGAAGGUGGAAGCUGGGAAAUGUCAAAGCGGAGCAGAAAUAAUGAGCCUGUUUCAGGAUUGGCUUCACAAAUAUCUGUUCCCCAUAGAAAAGAGAAGGCCGAAGCACAAAAGGAUGUUUCGGCAGACAAAGAGAGUGAGCUUGAUGAACGAAUUCGGAAAAUCCAAGAAAAAAAUGCAGAAAUUCUCCGUCGAAAGCAGGAGAUAGAGGCAGACAAGAAAAAAUAUGGCUAAGAAGUGAAAAUAUAAAUCCGUUUUUUUUUGCGAUUGCUGUUAAAUUAUUAUGUGAUUUUAUGUUGAUAGUAAGUAUCGAGAUAUGAGCUAAUUGAUAAAAGACCAAAAUGUUAUCCAGUUUAUCUGAAAUGUGCUGAUUUACGCUGAGAAAAAUACCUGGUUAAAGUUUACCACUAUAUUUGUCAGGUUAAUAGUGCACUAAAAAUAACAAUAACUGUUUUGACAAUGGUGGAAUAUGUAGGGGGUCUUUGUGAAAUGAAACCUUGACAAACUCCAUGGCCAUUCAGUGGCUUUUUAUGUAUUUUGAGUAACAUUAAAUGUGCAAAAGAACACGCACACACAACCACGGAUUGCCUUUAAUUCUAGCAGGAUAUCUGCCCACUGUUGACUUGUCUUUUUCAGUUCAGUCUGCCUUUUGACACAAUUAAAUGUGUACAUUAAUUUGAUUUCAGUCCACCUUGUAACUUUUUGCAGUGCCACAAGUUUUGUAGGUAUGUAAUAAAUGAAACAAACCUCAGGUCUAAAGCCAAUUACGUGAUUUAUUGCGUGUUGUUUUGGCAUCUACACUUGGUGAAACGCAAAUUACCAUCUGCUAAGUCACUGAUGGUGAUUUCAAUGCAGAAUAUUGCUCAAUAACUAAUCCAGUCUUUAUGGUACUGGUGUUGACAUUGCCAAUUUUUGGGCAAUAACUUUAAAAAUACUGCUUAUAUAAAAAAAAUCUCGUGUUACAAGGAGAUGUCAGAAGGUGUUGAUAUUGUAAUAUAAAUCAAAUACAGAAAAUAUUUCUUAAUGUAUAAAGAUCUGUAAAAAAUAUCACUGAAAUGAAGCCAUGUUUAGGUAUUUUCCUUGUGUUCGUGGCGCUUUAGCAAUCAGUUUUUACUUGUACAUGUUUCACAUGUAAAUAUAUGCGCGUGUAAUAAAUAGGUUCCCUUUUUCCACAAUGAA